AUGACUGAGGAGUGGAUCCCUGACGGCAGUGCAAAGCCCAACGUGCAAGUUGGAUGGUUCUGGCAGGCACCAAAACCUCUGGUUCUGGAGGUAGACUUCUCGAACAAGAUAGAGCUAGACCAGGCAAAAGAUUACAUCCUCGGAACGAAUGGCCGGGUCCGUAUCGUCAUCAUCGUCAAUUGCGCCUACCACAACCUCCGGGAACGGCUACGCCUACUUACCAGCAGCGGCAUCAAGAAGGACACCAAUAAGCCCUACUUCAAAGAUCUCACCGUGACGAUCCUACGUGCUGCUACCGUUAAAGCAGCCACCGAGGUCAAAAAGCCUUACCCCUCUAACAACUCAAAACCUCAGGUCCAUGACAAUACCAGUGGCAAUACCCAAGCCCAUCUCGAAGCGGUCUUAUCAGCCCACCAGGUCCCUAUCACACCCACGUCGACCUCUACCGCCUGCCUCGGCCUGACCCUCUACGACUUCGACGAGAGUCUCCCACGCCAUAUCCCCGUACAUGUUCCCCUUGCCGACAUCUACGUUCUCGCGGAGCAGGCUGCGGCUCAUCAGGACCUCGACGAUGCCUACAAGGCUCUUGCCAAGGCAAAAUCGGCGCACCACGGCAACGGGAACGAGAGCGGCAAACAUGAAGCGGCUGCUGCUGUUGUGCAACAGAAGAGGGCCGCGCUGCAGACUGUGUCGAAGGCUAUGGUUGCCGUCAUGCACAUGCACAAGCAGAAGAGAAGAGCGGACAGCGGUGCGUCCGUCAGCCGCGGCCUCGGUCUUCACGAUGGCGGGAAGAGGUUCUACAGCGUGCGGGCGGCGAUGUCGGUCCUAGUCCUAUUAAUCGUCACGGCGCUGUGGCGCGACACCUUGCAGGAUGGCUGA